GGCGUCACUUUUUUUUCCAGCUUUUUUUAAUUUUUUUCUCUUUUAAAAACGUUUCUUUUCCUUUCUUAAUUUCAUCUUUGAACCUUGAUACCCUUCCCAUUAAAAUAAGACAGAAACGACGUUUACUUCUGUUUAUUUCAUAUAUAACCACUUGUAUUUGGAAUUUUUCUCUUUUCAUAUCAGCUUUUCGUGUCCAUCACAUAAAAAACUUUAUUUUAUAUUGGGAUAGCCCCGUUCUUCCUAACAGAGAUAAAUAUGACCAGUAUCUUGUCCGAUCGACAGAAAGAUGAACUACAUAAAGCAAUCUUAGACUACUUAUGCACGAGUGGAUUUACAGAAUCCUUUAAAACUUUAAAAUCUGAAACACAUAAUGAGGAUUUCAUUUCUGACCCAAAGCAAAAAUAUUCAGGACUGUUAGAAAAGAAGUGGACUUCUGUUAUACGUCUACAAAAGAAGAUAAUGGAAUUGGAAACAAAAUCAGCUCAAAUGCAAGAAGAAAUCAAUAAUGCACCUAUCAGAAAACAAACAAGUUCGGUCGAUUGGAUACCUCGUCCUCCCGAAAAGCAAAGCAUGACAGGUCAUCGAAGUCCAAUUACUUGUGUUAUCUUUCAUCCAGUUUAUCAAAUCUUAGCUUCUUCUUCAGAAGAUACAACAAUUAAAAUAUGGGAUUAUGAAACAGGUGAAUUUGAACGAACCCUAAAAGGCCAUACCAAGUCGGUGCAAGAUAUUGCAUUUGACCCGAAAGGAAAUUAUCUUGUCUCAUGUUCUGCCGACUUGACAAUCAAAGUAUGGGACGUUAAUAAUGAUUAUAAGUGUGUCAAGACACUCUUUGGCCACGAUCAUAGUGUAUCUUCUGUAAACUACUUACCUUCUGGAGAUACGAUCAUUUCAUGCUCACGUGACAAAACCAUCAAACUAUGGGAUGCAGCAUCAGGUUACUGUAUCAAGACAUUGGCUGGACACUUAGAUUGGGUAAGAGCAGUCUCACCUAGUGAAGAUGGUAGAUUUUUAGUUACAGCUUCGAACGAUCAGACGGCUCGUAUAUGGGAUGUGCAAUCAGCUGAAACAAAGAUGGAAUUUAGAGGACACGAGCAUGUUGUUGAAUGUGCUAUUUUCAUGCCAAUCAACUCUUAUCCUUUCAUUCAAGAACUCAUUGGUGAAGAGACUAACAACAAGUCUGCAAAAGAUGCUGUCGCCGGUCAAUAUAUCAUGACAGGGUCAAGAGAUAAAACGAUCAAGUUAUGGAAUUCAAACGGACAAUUAUUACAUACAAUGGUUGGACAUGACAAUUGGAUUAGAGGACUAGUAGUUCAUCCAAAUGGAAAAUAUUUAUUAAGUGCUUCUGACGAUAAAACAAUGAAAAUUUGGGACUUAAAGACAGGUCGUUGUACCAAAACACUAGAAGCACAUUCACAUUUUGUGACAUGCAUAGCCUACUGCCAAACAAGUCCCAUUGUUGCUACAGGCAGUGUAGACCAAACAAUCAAACUAUGGCAAUGUCGAUAAAUACCUCUUUAUAUUACAUCACUUUUUCUUACCAAAUACCAAGAAGCUUUUCGAUCUUCCCCACCCCCUUCUAUAUCUCUAAUUGUUUAUCAACUCUGUAUCAGAAUGUCUAAUAUUUUCUCUUUCUCCAAAAGAUCUAACAAAAUAUAAAAUCAACAAAAAGUCAAGAAAAGAAUUUGUAUACUGUGUUUAGACCGUCUUAAUUUUCGCCUCCGUUGGGAAAACAAUAUAUGUCUUAUAAAUUGCUGCUGCUGCUUUGAUAGCUAUUUGUGCAUUUUUGUCAACAAGUCUC